GAUAUACUAUAGCAGCCAGAAGAGAAGAGCAGGUGCAGAAUGGAGAUGACUGAGGGCAUCUAUCGACCUGUAGACCCUGGUGAGGUCAGCAAGCCCGCUACAGACAAAUAUGAAGAAGCAGGCACCGACACCAUUGAUGUUCUCAGCAAGACUCCAGACUCCAGAGACAACCAGGAAGGCCCAGGUCCUCAUCACUCUAGGCCCUGGAGGAGCACUGCUGUGUUUCUGGGUCUGCUGUGUGUUCUUCUGCUCUCUGGUAUUGCAGUUCUCAGCUUCAAAAUGGUGGAAGCCAAACAGUUACAGGAUAGUUGCACAGAGAAACUAAGGAUGCAGUCAGGUCAUGACAAUCUGAUCAGAGAAAAAUUACAGUUGCAAAAGAGUUACGAUACCCUGAGUAGUGAGAAAUCCCAGCUACAGACCCAUUAUGACAACCUGAAUUCAGAGAAAUCCAAAUUGCAGGACAAAAUUAACAACCUGAAUAGUGAGAAAUCCCAGCUACAGACCACUUACAACAACCUGACAAAAUACAGCACCCAACUGCAGAAAGGUUACAACAACCUCAACAAACAAAAGGCCCUUUUGGAUGCUAGCUACAAUAACGUAACUGAAGAGAUAUUACAGUUACAGCUUAAGUAUAGCAACCUAUUUAAAGAGAAGUCUAAAUUACAAAGCAACUGGGAAACAUUGGACGGAGAGAAUUACUUGUUACAAGACAGAUAUCAGAACUUAACUGGAGAGAAAUUUCAGUUACAAACCAACUACAAUACCCUGAAUUCAGAAAAAUCCAAACUGCAGCACAGAUUUAACAAUCUGUAUUCAGAGAAAUCCCAGCUGCAGACAAGUUACAACAACCUGAAUUCAGACAAAUCUCAGCUACAAACAAGGUACAACGACCUGAAUUCAGAGAAAUCCAAAUUGCAGGACAAAAUUAACAACCUGAAUAGUGAGAAAUCCCAGCUACAGACCAGUUACAAAAACCUGACAAAAUACAGCACCCAACUGCAGAAAGGUUACAACAACCUCAACAAACAAAAGGCCCUUUUGGAUGCUAGUUACAAUAACGUAACUGAAGAGAUAUUACAGUUACAGGAUAAGUAUAGCAACCUAUUUAAAGAGAAGUCUAAAUUACAAAGCAACUGGGAAACAUUGGACAGAGACAAUUCUUUGUUACAAGACAGAUAUCAGAACUUAACUGGAGAGAAAUUUCAGUUACAAACCAACUGCAAUACCCUGAAUUCAGAGAAAUCCAAACUGCAGGACAGAUUUAACAAUCUGUAUUCAGAGAAAUCCCAGCUGCAGACAAGCUACAACAACCUGUAUUCAGAGAAAUUCAAAUUGCAGAACAUGUUUAAUAUCCUGAAUAGAGAAAAAUCCCAGUUAAACACUAGCUACAACAACCUGAAUUCAGAGAAAUCCCAGCUGCAGACCAGUUACAACAACCUGAAUUCAGAAAAAAAUCAGCUACAGACUAGAUACAACAACCUGAAUUCAGAGACAUCCAAAUUGCAAGACAGAUUUAACAACCUCAAUAGAGAGAAAUCCCAGCUACAGACAAGCUACAACAUCCUGAAUUCAGAGAAAUCUCAGCUACAGACAGGAUACAAUGAUUUGAUUAGAGAUAAAUCUCAGUUACAGACAAGCUACAACAACCUGAAUUCAGAGAAAUCCAAACUACAGGACCGAUUUAACAACCUGAAUAGAGAGAAAUCCCAAUUGCAGACCAGGUACAACAACUUGAAUUCAGAUAAGUCUCAGCUACAGACAAGUCACAACAACCUGACCAGAGAGAAAACCCAGCUACAGAACAGACUGAACACUGUGACUGCCGAGAGGGAUGCACUACAAGAGAAUUUGUCAAACCUACAAUCACAUGACAUGAAGAGAAUUAAAAGUCAUGCAGUGGAUGUGACUCUGGAUCCUGACACCGCACAUGCCAAUUUCAUCCUGUCUGCUGAUGGGAAACAAGUGAGAUGUGGCGACACAAAGCAGAAUGUCCCUGACAACCCCAAAAGGUUCAGUCCUGUUGGAAGUGUCUUGGGAAAACAGGGGUUUUCUGCUGGCAAAUUCUACUAUGAGGUUCAGGUCAAGGGGAAGACUGCGUGGGGCUUAGGGGUGGCCAGAGAGUCCAUUACCAGGAAGGGAAAGAUAAUUCUGAGACCUGUGAAUGGAUACUGGGCAAUAUGGCUGUAUAAAGGGACUUAUGAAGCACUAGCUGGUCCCUCUGUUCCCCUCUCCCUGAAAGAGAAGCCCCAGAGGGUGGGGGUGUUUGUGGAUUAUGAGGCAGGUCUGGUCUCCUUUUAUGAUGCAGACUGUUGGUAUCAUCUCUACUCUUAUGCUAAUGUUACCUUCACUGAGAAACUUUACUCAUACUUCUAUCCUGGUACUAAUGAUGGAGUUGAGAACUCCUCUCCUCUUAUCAUCUCCUCAGUUCAUAUCUGCCCUAUCAAGUAAUGCAUAAUGAUGGGUUGAUGUUUUAUUAAAACCAGCAGUUCAUUACGCACCUGAAACUCCUCUUACAUCUCUAAUAAGUUCAGAAGGUUCUUUUUUCAUGGAAAAUCCCUUCAUGGCCUUAAAAUGGUUUAUAUAUAUUUGUUGCAUACUGAAGCUGUAAUCGGUCUGCCAUAAAUCCAAAGUAGAAAUUCUCAAUCAUGACAAUGACUGCUUAUUUUUGCUUUAUUUUUCUUGGAAAAAAAGCAGAUAACAUACAGAGCGUUACAAACUUAAUUUUCUCCGGAGGUUUUUUUUUAAAGAAAUAACUAGUUAUUUGUUCAAUAAUGCCAGACCCCAAAUAUUCUGAUCUUAUGCAAAUGAGUCUCACUGCAUUCAUAAGGCCCUUUGUAUUUUCUUUUUCAUGAUUGUACAAUGUUAGGCCUACUUAAGUUGUGACAACUCAUUUCCAGUGUCCUGGGUACUAAGGGUUGCACAGAGAACUCAAGUGCUUGGGUAAUCGAGUAGUAGCAUCAAUGCUUGAGCUUUUAAGCUCGAGAUCUUGUUAACCACACAAUGUUAGACAAUAAUAGAGUGUUUGUGUUUUUUUACACCAUGAUUGAUCAGCAUUUUUACAGUAAUAUAGUCUGCAACAGAUUAUGCUUGCUUUUACUCAAAUCAUAGACUGUAUAAAUAAGGAUUCAACUACAUUGUUUUAAAAAGCUUUUAGCACAUCUUGGACAAUAAAUGUAUUAUUUACCUUU